CCUUAUGUUGCCCUGUGCUGCUCUACUCCGUACGUGUCUGCAUCUGCAUCUGCAUCUCCAUCUGCGUAUCUGCUCUGAUCAAACCUUCUACUUCCACUCCCUCUCCUCUUUGUCUUCACCUGAACCCAACCACAGCUCAACUCUACUCAGGAUCGACAACCCAAGCAUGCUCGUCAUUUCCAUCACCGAGUAACCAUCCUCGACGCCAACCCCGUCUGUCAACCGACUGCCGCAUCCAAGCAAUUCUGGCACCUUGAUCCGUUGUUUCAUCCCACCUGACUCGUGACCCUGGCUGUGACCCUGCCAACUCACACUGUCAUUCAUCCCUACCCGUCCACGCCGUCAUAAUUCAAUCCUCCGGAGUCCAGCGUUUCUUUCCCCUCCAAUAUAUCAUCACGUCGCAUCUAACCCCCCGACAUCCUCAUCACAUCAUCAUCAACCAUCCCCAUCCCCGCGAACCCUGACCACUCCAUCAACAUGACUGUCGAAGUUCAUCACUCCCCUCCUCCCCUCCACCACCCUGGCUCUGGCAACAUUCGACCCAGAGGCAUUCUCAAAAAUCCCUCCUUCUCUGGCAGCCAACAUUCACCCACCCAUGAAGAAUUUCCGCACCACACCCCGCUUGAUCCCCAGGAAGAACGAGAACUGGUUCUUCAAAACACCCUCCAAAACGCCGGCCAUCGUCGGUCAUCCUCAGCAGCUAGAAGGGCCUCAGCUUCGUCCCGCCGUCAGUCUUCUGCCGUCGCCGCAAAUCAGCCACACGAUCCGGAUCAGCAACGUUUAAAAUGGGACGAGGCAAACCUCUACCUUGCAGAACAGGAAUCUGGCGGCCGAAUGAAGAUCACCGAACCUAAAACGCCUUUCCAAUAUGGCGACGCCAUGGAAGAUGACGAGGAAGAUGUUGCCAUUGAUCCCCGCUAUGUCAACGUUGACGAAGUCGAUCUAGCCAAACGGAAAUCCGACAGGAAACCCCGCGAAUCUGAGAUUCCAGGCCUCGAGCUCGGUGAACCUGAGGAAGAUUUGAGUCUCGGCAAUGGCCUUGAGGACAACCGAAUUGUACGAAGCACCUCAAAUCUCUCUCGAGAGAGCAGCAAGGAAAAACACGUUAGUGUUAGCGAGGAUGGUGGCUCGACAUUCACCGAACAAGUUGGCAUGCCUUCUAGUGAAGACCAAGAAAAGCAUCGGCAGUUUGAGGAACACCGAAAGAAGCAUUACGAAAUGAAGGAUAUCAAAAGUUUGCUCGGCCACCCUGAACAGAUGGACCUUGAAGAUGACGACCCAUCCAAUCCCCCGAGUCUUCCAGAGCGCGGUCUCAAUGGAACCCGCUAAUCCCAAACAGUGCCCAACGUUCAUCCAACGGUUUCGACUCUUCUUGCUUUGUCAAGAGAGCUCGCACGUUGGACUCUUCUCACACGAUCUCCGUUCGCUAAGAUCUCAUUUCCUUUGUUGACGGCACUACCCAGUUAUUUUUUCAACCCUUUAUGAGCUCCGACACAUCAUCACAGUCAUGACUAUUCAGCAUGUCACGCCUAUCCACUGAGACGGGCGUUUCACCUUUUGAAAUACAAAAACAUAGGUUUCGGUGCUCCUCGUGUAUGGAGAGAGACGACAGCGGAGCAACGGAACCGAGGGAAUCAGACAGAGGUUGUCAGUCCAAUCUGUGGAAUCAAGGACUUGGUGAAUGGAUGGUAUUCAACCAACAAUGAGGAACCCAGAAGACUGGAAAAUAGCCCGGUUUUGGUUUGACAGAGACUCGGCCUGCGCUUCAGCCAGUUUGUAGUUUCCCAUGAAUGGCACUCCAAAUCUGUCCAGAUCGCAGCUUGAACAAGAGUCCAUGUAUAGGUCCAACGCUAGUUAGACAAACCCAUUUCUCCCCACCCACAUGAUUGAAUCAUUAUCAUGGUGGCUUCCUGCUGGGUCACAUGGACUGGCUUGCUGACUGCAUUCCAAGUGGUGGCUUUAGAUCAUUGAC